AAAACUAAAAGUAGGCGCUGUUUUAUUGUCAAUUCUUAUAGAUUCAAUGAUUUGCUGAAUUUAAAGUUAUUCAUUAUUCUCUUAAACUCGUCCGAGCAACACAAGAAUAGUUUCAUAUUCUUUAUACUCAUACGUUAUUUUCGUAAAAAGUUUGAAACGUGUGGAAAAUAAUUUAAAAAAAAAAAAGAAAAACAACUAAUAAAACCGAAAUAGGCGUAAUAUUGCAAAAAUAUUUGAAGGUAACUCAUCGGACAAUGGGCUACGAUAGUUACAAUGGCGCUGGCACCGAGAUCGCCGAACAGGGUCAGGAUAUUUACGGUGGCAAUGUCAAUAUCAAUAUGGGGCACGGUGAUCAAAUUGCUGCCACAGCUGCUGCGGAUGUUGCCACUGCUGAAUUUCAGCCGUCUCUCAAUCGGGUUUUAAGCUCCAUCGAUUACGAUCUGUGCUUUAAGCAUCCAUUGGAGCAUUCCUGGACGCUGUGGCAUUGGGAGAACGAUCGUACCAAAUCCUGGUCCGAUAUGCUUAGCGAUGUGACGAGCUUCAACACCGUGGAGGAUUUCUUUAGCGUCUAUUACUUUAUAAAGCCACCAUCGGAUCUGAAGGUAUUCAAUGAUUAUAUGGUCUUCAAGCAUGGCAUACGUCCCAUGUGGGAGGAUGAUGUCAAUAAGGACGGCGGACGUUGGGUUAUGUUUUUGGAUAAGGACUCCAAGGAGUUGGUCGACAAGUUGUGGCAUGAUUUGCUUCUGUGCACCAUUGGCGAGUGCUUUGAGUAUUCGGAUCAGAUCUGUGGUGCAGUCAUCAAUGUGCGCAACAAGGCCAGCAAGAUAUCUUUGUGGACCAAGGACUCUCGCAAUGAGCACGCUAUAUUGGCUAUUGGUCAGAAAAUGAAGCAGCUCCUUCAGCUGCACGAGGUGGAGUUGCAAUAUCAGGUGCACAAGGAUGCUAUGGUACAGGCUGGACCCAAUGUGAAUGCCAUCUACAAAAUGUAAAAACCAAUUCGAAGUCCAACCCAAAAAUGUAACGAAACGAAACUUAAGAACUUGACGGCGUCACAUCGUAAAUGUGCUUAGUUCUCAUCUCCGAAAAUUGGGCAUAAGAAGAUCGACUCUCUCGAGCUAACUGGCAAUAUAACAUGGAUAUUUUAUAUACGUAUAUUAUACAUGAAACAUGUAACUGUAACUGUAACUGUAACCCGAAUAAAGCAUUGCAUAAAAGGCAAAA